AUGCGUAAGUACUGUAACGUAAAAGUUUUUAGGCUUUAAAACUGGGUUAUUUAUUAAUAUAAUACUAUUUAUUUCGACAGGGUCAUAUACUAAAAUUUUUUUGAGUUUUACAGUUACUUUUAAAAAUUUAUUUUAAGUUAUUUCUUUGAUAUGUAUAAUAUAAAGGAUCUUCAGCUCGUCGUGUGAAUUCGAUGUCGUUCAAUGAUUCUCAGGAGAGUUCGGCGAUGCUUCAAGCUGAUCUGAAGACCGAUCCGGCCGAGUUGAUUUGUUGUCGGCACGGCCGAGAAUGUAUGGUCGGAAGAGUGGAAGAUUACCAACGGGACAGGACCAAAGCCCUAAGGGAAUGGGCGGUCAUUACCGGCAGAUUGAGAAAGUAAGUCACAUUAACAUUUUAGUUUUACUUUUUAUAUUGUUAUUUAAUUACACUUUUUCUAAAUACCAUAACCGUAUGAUAGUGGAAUUCUAAAUUAUUUAUACCUAUGUUCACUUUCAGGCAGCCAUCUUCGACCGGAGACAUUAAAAUGACAAAGCGCGUCUCCACCACCCAAGUCCAGAUUCCAAUGUCUUCCAUCGGCUACGAGAACAUUGAAGUUUUGGCCCAAGCAGAAGCCAAACAGAAGGAAACUUUGAUCGCACCGGACAACCUUUUCCGGUACUCGAUGGUAAAUAUGGGGUAUGUUAACAUGACUUACGCGAACUUUAAUGCGCGGUUUGUUUAAGCUAAUGAAACUAGCUUUUUUCAUAAUUUUUCAAAAAUUUUUAACUGUACCUCAAUUCCUUCUCAAUUUUUAAAAGUUGAAAUUAAAAUUUAGCACGGCAUUACCCCACGGAUCGGCUGAAAAUACCAACGAACCCUUCGACUUUGAACCAUACUACAUUGGCGUUUGUACUCCAGAAAAGGCAGAGGAAGUGUGCACAGAGAGCACGUCCUUCUUCCUGUACCAUUGCUAUCGUCCUAUCAACAGUUGGAGCAACAUAGUACCAGCCUUGCCCUUGGUCACGGUGUACCAUGCCAGCAAUCACAAGAUCUAGUAGGUUUGUAGAGCAAAAGAGUUAGAUGACUUUUACCAAAUUACUGAUUAUUAUCCUAUAUUGUUGUAUAUACAGUAAUUCUUUCGCUUUAACUUUCGUUAUAAGAAACACCAAGAGUUGGAAGGCUUGCUUUACCGCAAUAUGUUUCAGCCAUUACACCAUCAAACAGGCGAUCACGGACAACGUAGCCUACUACUACGUGGACUGUGGCGAUCCCAGCAAUCCUCGUUUCACCAGUCUGACCAAUCUGAUGAAGUACUACACGCUAUACGUUCAACUGUUCACCAACCCCGACGGUCGCAUCGACAUUGACGUAUUCCCGUGGUGGGCACGCGCUUACGAAGAUCCGUUUUCUCUCUGA